AUGUCGGAAGCCAAGGACAAGAGCACCAACCCCAUGCGCGAGCUGCGCGUCCAGAAGCUCGUGCUCAACAUCAGUGUCGGCGAGUCUGGUGACAGACUUACCCGUGCUGCUAAGGUGCUCGAGCAGCUGAGCGGUCAGACUCCGGUCUACAGCAAGGCCCGCUACACCGUCCGUACCUUCGGUAUCCGCCGUAACGAAAAGAUCGCCGUCCACGUCACCGUCCGUGGCCCCAAGGCCGAGGAGAUCCUCGAGCGUGGCCUCAAGGUCAAGGAGUACGAGUUGAGGAAGCGCAACUUCUCCGAGACCGGUAACUUCGGUUUCGGUAUCAGCGAGCACAUCGAUCUCGGUAUCAAGUACGACCCCAACAUUGGUAUCUACGGCAUGGACUUCUACACCUGCAUGACCCGCCCCGGUGAGCGUGUUGCCAAGCGCCGCCGCUGCAAGGCUCCCAUCGGCGCCAACCACCGCAUCAACCAGAACGAGACCAUGAGGUGGUUCAAGCAGCGCUUCGACGGCAUCAUCCGGUAA